UACGCCGCUAUGAUUCUUGAAUCUUACUUGCAACCAAGAAACUGCAAGCAUCUUUCGCCCGAUUGACAAUACCCUGCUGCCUGAACACCCUUACCAUCCUUCAACAUGUCCUUCCACGCCACAGCAGCACAUUCAUCGCGCAUUACCAAACCAAGAAGAAAAAGUGCCGUCGCAGCAUUGGGUCUGAAACGAACGACCUCCUCACCCUCUACUGCAAGUUCCAAGAGACGAUCAUUACCGGCCGAGACUACAACUGCCUUUGAAGACGACGAGCAACUAGAUGAUACCGGGGUAGUAAUAGCAAACCUAGCCCACGAUUUGAAUUUCCGGGAUGUUCCCCAAUAUAUCGAGUACAUCCGCAACAACAUGUUUAGCGGUAUGCCAGAGAAAGCCGGCAUGAACUCAACCAGGAUAGCAGAGGUUUUGAACUUCCGAAGAAGAUUGCCGCCAUUUGUCACAGUAGCGCACAUUGACGCUCUGAGUACAUCCUCAACGCGGAAUGAGCGAGAAAUCUCAGAGCUGGCAAGAGCGGGCAUCUUGCGUAGGGUAACGAUACCGAAUCACGGUGUUGGUGCUGCUGCUGUGGGUGAUGGUAUCGCUUCGGUACGAGAGUGGCAGGCACUUGUACAGACUCAUGCUGAACUACCUGAAGAACUGAAAGCAAAAUAUAUAGCUGCCAUGAACGCCAAUCCAACAUCGACGUCCAUCCCCGGCACAACCUUCACAUCUCCUGAGCUCUCAGCCUUGGUAACCUUUGGCUUCCUUACCUCAGCUUCGUACUUUCCAUCCAAUACCUCUCUUUUUGCAUCACCAGGCGCCAGCUCACUCCUCGCCGUCUCUGCAUCUGGAUCUCGCCACGCAGCUGGCUCUCUAGAUGCCGUCGGCGGUACACAUGCAACCCAACAUAUCCACGGCGGAUCGGGAUCACGUCCCUCCCUAGCAGCACAAUACAACUUAUCCUUGCCCAAUAUGGGUGCGCAUAUCAAGCUCUUGGUUGAUGCACGGAACCACCUUCUCGCUCUGCUGAACAAGACCAAGUACAAAGAGAUGCCACUUAGUGCCCUUCGCGAGCGGUGGGACGGUGGUGUUACAGCCAACGAUAUCAAAGCAGAGAGGAAGAAGUUGAGAGGAGAGUUUGCAGGCGUAUUACCUGGCCGGACGAAGAAAUGGAAAACCUUUUACGGCAUGAGGUUUGACUGGGUUUUGGAGGAAUGUCUAGGCGCUGGACUAGUCGAACUUUUUGAGACGGGGAGUGUUGGCAGAGCUGUUCGAGCGAUAACAUAAUUCAACCAUUAUUUGUUAUCUCAACAUUUAGAUUGCCUCGCGUCCGGCUGUCACUGACCUGAGUGGAGUUGAUGAUCGACAGUGAACAUUCCACCUUCCUACACGCGUACAACACAACGCCGAUCAGUUUACUUGAAACUCAUUGUGGAAAACAUGACGCGUACCAACACACCAUCACACGCGAGCAAUGCGCACAGUAAUUUCGUCACUUUGUCCUUUCUUUGUAU